AUGCGACGCCAAUACCUCGACCUGGGCAUAUUUGCCCUUCUUUGCAUUCCAUUCUCAGCAGCUCUCCCCGUCAAUGACGACAAGGCCCUGGUAAGACGCCCGAAAUUCGAAGUCGCCGCUGUUCCGGCUCGAGAAUAUGCUCCCCCGGCUCAGGAAUAUGCCGGCCCACCCCCGCCGCAGGUGCCGUCGCCACCCCCUGCGCCAGAUCUGCGGGCGGCACAGGGCCGAAGUAGUAGAACACAGCGGAACGGCAGGCGGCCGUCUGUACCACAGCCUCAGCGGUACGAUGACGACCCGGGAUAUGACGCUCCCAGACCCUCCAGGCACCCGUACGCCGCAAACAAUGCAUUCCAUGCUCCCCCUGUAUUCUAUCCAGGUGUCCCUCGCCAGCCUCCGCUCUAUCCGCCCGGCCCGGGCCCGAUGCCCUUUGCAGCUCCGGUCAACAUGUACCCUCCUACUCCUUCCCGGCAGGACAAUACACAUGCGAGCCGUCCGGCCGCUGCCAAAGCCCCAGAGAAUAUACAAACCAUCCGACUCUUUUGGAAGACGGAAGAGGACAAGGUGCAGCAGAGCCUGAGGCCACAGGACAAUAUUGAGGAUUUCCCAACCGGCAGCCUCUACGAUUGGGUCAAGAAGUCGGCGAGGGCUGCCGAGAUGAUCCCGGCCCAACCCGCGAGCCCGCAACAACCCAUGGGCCACGGGUUGGUGGGCUCAACCCCAAACGGGCAGCCCGCGGAUUUCCAGGUUUACGACCGAAGAACUUUUUAA